UGACGUAUUGUGUACGUAUUCCAGAGUACUCAGUUUUAGGUCGCGAAAAUUGUGUAUUAUAGUUCGGAAUCGAAAGCGAUUGUUGUUUUCGUUUGUUGAUUACAAAUUUUUGGUGUGUGUAUUUUAAGUGAUAAACAUUAGUGUGUAAUUGAUAACAAAUCAAAAGUAUUUUACUUGAUUUGUGUACUAAAAGUGUUAAUUAUUUAUUAUUAACAUUGCAAGAAAAUAGACAUACCUAUUAUUUGUGUUAAAAGUUUACUAACAAAAAGACACUUUGUGUUGGAUACUAAAAAGGAAAAACUGUUUUUUAAGUUAAAAAUAUAGGCCUGGGCCGCCUCCACCCGUACGGCUCGGGCAGCGGUUCGAGCAGCGGCAGCGGGCGCCGGCGCACGCGCCGCGGCCUCUCCGACUCCCCCACCGCGCCCACCACCCCCACCUCGGCCUCUGACAACGCCUCCGACGCCACGCUCACCGACUCUGAGCUGCCGCUCGCGAGGGACUCUACGCUGCUGGUUCAGAACGGCAUGCUGAGGUCUACCUACGACCGCCCAGAUCACGAACGUUGUCUACUCGAAGGAACCCGGCCGCCGCCAGAUGUGCCACCUCGUAAUCCUACCAUGUCCCGAUUGAACGGCCGAAUCACCGGCAACCCAGCCGACUUAGUCGACUUCGAACCCUCGUGUCUUGUGCGCACCCCUUCUGGAAACUUCUACGUGCCUUCAGGGGACAUACAAAAGAAUCCGUCUAUGGACUACAAGUCAAACUCCUCGUGCAGUAGUCCAGGAAAGCAAGAGAAAGGAACCUUAGAGAGGAUGGACAGAAGUGACCGGCACCCCGCCUUCGGCGUGCCCGUGCCUGUCCUCCCCGUGAGGAAUAAUCUCCGGGCGACGCAUUUCCCUCCCGCCGCCUCCCGAUUCCACUUCAGGAAGGGCCUCUCCUCGAGAUGCUCUUGGAAGUGCACUGCCAUCGUGUUUAUAGUCUUAUUUGUCCUUCUUUUAUCUAUUGCCUCUUAUAUGUCAGCAUCCUAUUUUACUGACAACUGGUCAUAUCAAAAUGCAAAACCCUGUUCAGUAUUAGUCGGUGAUACAACGGAUAAGUUCCCAGCUUCGAAAGCGACGACGCUCGAGUCAGCUAACAAAUCUUUAGCGAGACCGCAUCAAAGCUCGACGUCGUCUGCCACAGGUAAAGGGGAAAGUCACUCGCGCCCUCGUAGAAGUGUAGAUGGGCAUGCUUCUUUACCUUCUGUUUCUUCCACGGAUUCUUUUACUGUAGAUGUGCAUGAAUUAAUCACUUCGCCUUCUGUGACCACUAGUAGCUUAGUGCAUGGUGUGUCGACGGAGGAGGCUGAUCAGCAAACGGAAGUCACGAUGGUUUCUAAUGAUGCUUCUGUGUCUAGCAGUGUUGGUGUUUCGGUUUAUACUGGUGAUCUAACAAUUAAUAACACAACGCUUGAACAAAUAACAACACCCUUGCAAAAUAACGAUACAACGGAGACAACACGGGAGACUACUAAAACGACAUCAACAACACCAAAAUAUGAAUCCAAAAUUAAAACAGAAAGGAAAGCGGAUCAACCACCUGAAAUCGAGUUGAAAAAUAGUAAUAAAGUCGCUUAUGAGCCUGAAGAUAUGCAAGGCGAUUCAUUUCCUUCGAUCUACUCAUAUGGCGUUCAAAAGCUUCAGUAUUUAAAAUUACUAACGAGACUAAAUGCAGUAAAUGAGGAAUUACAUAUUUAUCCCAACGAUCCCAAUGAAUUGGCAGCUGAUCCAAAAAAAUACCAUUACGAAAGAGAUCGAAGCACUCCCAUUAAUAUUGAGACAACUAUUCCAACCACUUUUCCGUCAACUUCACAUUCCACAUCAGCGGUAGAACAAGUAACAAACUCGAGUUUUACAGAAAAAAUAACAAAUCCAUCCACGGCAAGUCCAAUUUUUUUUACCACACAUAACACUAAUCUCAAAGACGAGCAUGUUGUUGAAAUAACACAGUCCCCACAGAGUGUUACUAACAUAACAAAUGUUGUACAUACUAGCACUGCAACUGAAACUACAUCUAGUGAGCCUACAACCCUAAAUAUUGCUACUGAAUCAAAAACUUCAGAAACAGUACCAAGUGCUAAACAUGUAUUGAUUAAUCUAACUAUAUCUGCAGAUGAUGCUAACAAUGAAUCCUAUAAACCGCUAUAUUCAUUGACUGUAACAGUUCCUACAGUUGGCGAUAGUAACGAAAUCCCCACUGUAAAGAUAACGCCAAUGGAGACCAAGCCAACUAUGCCUACCAAUUUUAAUAAACCAGUGACAAUUGAGAGUCCUGUAAAGACCACGAAAACAUUAACAAAUACAGAAAAUUGGGGAGGAAGCUGUGAAUGUUCUUGUCCCGUAUGUGACGCUAGUGUUACUAUGGAUGACUUCUAUGAUGAAUAUGUGGAAAAAACAACAGCAACUAAUAAAGUUGUGUCUGAAUCAAUGCCAGCAUAUAAUAAGACAAAUAAUAUAAGUACAGAUGUAACUACAGCUAGAGAGUCAACAGAGACAACAGCGGAUGAUUCCUCAACAGCGGAAUCUGCUACAGAUUUUUCUACAAACUCAGACAUAAGUACAACUACAGAUGAUCCUACUUUAGAUUCUUCAGAAGUAAGCACUUUAGACGACUUGACAACCAUAGAAUCAAGUACGGCAAUUUCUACAGAAUCGGACAGUUUGACAACAACAGAAACUCCAAAAUGCAUAUGCCCCAAAGUAAAGCCUCCACCAAUACUUAUAUUGGAAGGUGCGCGAACGUUCCCCGCGCAAUCUUUCCCUCCCGAUGGGACGACGUUUAAGCAAAUUACUUUAGGUGAAAAAUUAUCAAAAGAAAUCCCUCCAUAUAGUUACUGGAAUAUGCAAUUUUAUCAAUCGGAAGCUGCUUACGUGAAAUUCGACUACAUGAUCCCUCGAGGGGCGUCCAUAGGUGUUUAUGCAAGACGGAACGCUCUGCCGACGCAUACUCAAUAUCACUUCUUAGAAGUCCUAAGCGGAUUUAAAGCUCGAACUACGAGGGCUUCACAUCCGUCCGUAAAGAAAGAAGUAACCCACUACAUGGAGCAAGGUCAUUGGUUUCUGUCACUGUACAACGAUGAUGGAGACCCUCAGGAGAUAUCCUUCAUAGCCAUGGUCGCUGAUGACAUGACGCACAACUGUCCAAACGGCUGCUCCGGGAAAGGGGAAUGUCUGAUGGGACACUGUCAAUGCCAACCUGGUUUUGGAGGAGACGAUUGCAGUGAGAGUGUAUGCCCAGUAUUAUGCAGCCAAAGAGGAGAGUAUAUCAACGGAGAAUGUCAAUGCAACCCUGGCUGGAAAGGCAAAGAGUGCUCCUUACGCCACGACGAAUGCGAAGUACCGGAUUGCAACGGACAUGGCCACUGCGUAAACGGAAAAUGUUCCUGUGUGAGAGGUUACAAAGGAAAGUUCUGCGAAGAGAUCGAUUGUCCUCAUCCCACUUGUUCAGGCCACGGCUUUUGUAUCGAAGGUGUUUGUGUGUGUAAGAAAGGAUGGAAAGGGCUGGAUUGUGCUACGAUGGAUAAGGAUGCUCUUCAAUGCUUACCAGAUUGUUCGGGACAUGGUACGUUUGAUGUUGACACUCAAACGUGCACGUGUCACGCUCGCUGGUCUGGCGAUGACUGUUCAAAAGAGGUUUGCGAUCUGGACUGCGGUCCACACGGAAGAUGCGUUGGAGAAUCCUGCGUUUGCGAUUCAACUUGGACAGGCGAAUAUUGCACGUCCAAACUAUGUGAUGCGCGAUGCAGCGACCACGGCCAAUGUAAAAAUGGCACUUGUCUUUGUGUUUCUGGAUGGAAUGGACGACAUUGCACUUUGGAAGGAUGUCCGAGAGGAUGUGCGGGGCACGGCCAGUGCAGGGUGGCGAAUGACGGGCACUGGGAGUGUAAAUGCUUCGAUGGAUGGGAUGGUCCAGACUGCACCACGUUGAAAGAACAAAUCUGCGAUGAUUCUAAGGAUAAUGACAAAGAUGGCUUAGUAGAUUGUGAAGACCCAGAAUGCUGUCAAAGCGCCGCGUGCAAGGGAAGCCAGCUUUGCGUCUCAUCACCCAAGCCAACAGACAUCCUCCUCAGGAAGCAGCCUCCAGCGAUCACCGCGUCCUUCUUCGAAAGGAUGAAGUUCCUCAUCGACGAGGGAAGCCUCCAAAACUACGCUAAACAGGAAACCUUUAACGAAAGUAUGUUUUGGAAUCACUUCAAUACGAGCCGUUCCGCGGUCAUAAGGGGUAGAGUGGUCACUUCCUUGGGUUCCGGUUUGGUCGGAGUGAGGGUGUCCACGUCUACGCCCUUGGAAGGGUUUACGUUAACGAGGGAGGACGGUUGGUUCGACCUCUUAGUGAACGGAGGAGGGGCUGUGACUCUUCACUUCGGGAGGUCGCCCUUCAAGCGAUCCACACAAGUUGUGUUCGUGCCUUGGAAUGAGGUUGUGAUAAUCGACGAAGUAGUGAUGACAACAUUGGACGACAAGAGCGGUAUGGGACCUCCUCAGGCCUGUCUCGCACAUGACUACGACGCUAUGAAGCCCGUUGUCCUGGCUACGUGGAAACAUGGCUUCCAGGGCGCUUGUCCGGAUAAGAGUGCUAUACUUGCUGAAUCUCAGGUGGUCCAAGAAAGCCUGCAAAUCCCAGGAACAGGUCUCAACCUAGUUUACCACAGCUCAAGAGCAGCAGGAUACCUCUCCACAAUACAACUGCAACUUACUCCAGAGAAAGUCCCAGCAACUUUGGCUCUAAUACAUCUGAGGAUUACCAUUGAAGGCAUUCUCUUCGAGAAGACCUUUGAGGCAGAUCCAGUCAUCAAGUUCACAUACCCAUGGAAUAGGCUGAAUGUUUACAGGCAGAGGGUAUACGGUGUGACGACAGCAUUAGUAAAAGUUGGGUACCAGUACACAGAUUGCAAGGACAUUAUCUGGAAUGUGCAGACGACGAAAUUGAGCGGUCACGAUAUGAGUAUAUCUGAUGUUGGCGGAUGGAAUCUGGAUAUACAUCACAGAUACAAUUUCCAUGAAGGUAUACUCCAAAAGGGAGACGGCACUAACAUUUACCUCAAGCACAAGCCUCGCCUCAUCAUCACCACCAUGGGAGAUGGGCGUCAACGAGGUUUGGACUGCGGGAACGAUUGUUCUGGAGCCGCGGUCAAGCAGAGGCUACUUGCUCCUGUAGCUUUAGUUGCAGCUCCUGAUGGUUCCAUCUUUGUGGGCGACUUCAAUCUUGUUAGGAAAAUCAAUACUGAUGGUACCGUUCGAACUGUUGUCAAAUUGAAUGCAACUCGUGUCUCCUACCGAUACCACAUGGCGUUGUCACCAUUAGACGGUACUCUCUACAUUUCUGAUCCUGAGUCCCAUCAAAUCAUCAAAGUUCGCAACACAGAUGACUUUAGCGAUCCCGAAAGAAAUUGGGAAACGGUUGUAGGCUCUGGUGAGAGAUGUCUUCCAGGAGACGAAGCACAUUGUGGAGAUGGAGCAUUAGCAAGAGACGCAAAAUUAGCUUACCCUAAAGGUGUUGCUGUUUCCAUAGACAACGUCUUAUACUUCGCUGAUGGUACAAAUAUAAGAAUGGUAGACAGAGAUGGCAUCAUCACAACAGUUAUUGGAAAUCAUAUGCAUAGAGCUCAUUGGAAACCGAUUCCAUGCGAAGGAACGUUAAGUGUAGAAGAAGUGCAUUUAAGAUGGCCGACUGAACUCGCUAUUAAUCCGCUAGAUAACAGCUUGCAUAUAAUCGACGAUCAUAUGAUUCUACAAAUGGCACCAGAUGGAAGAGUAAAAGUAAUUGCUGGCAGACCUCUCCAUUGUCCGUCACCUCUGACAGGCUAUGAUAUGGAGUUAGCAACUUAUGCUACACUUGUAAUGCCACAAAGCAUUGGAUUCGGUGCGGCUGGUGAUUUGUAUGUGGCGGAAAGCGAUUCUCAAAGGAUUAAUAGAGUAAGGCUCAUCACCACUGAUGGAAAAAUCUCUCUCUACGCCGGUGCUGAAUCGAAAUGCAAUUGCUUAGAGAGAGGCUGUGAUUGCUUUGAAGCGGACCAUUUCCUAGCGUCGAAUUCUAAAUUCAAUACUAUCUCAGCAGUAACUGUAAGCCCCGAUGGGAUCGUACACAUAGCUGAUCAGGCCAACUACAGAAUUCGAUCUGUCAUGGCAAGCAUUCCAGAUGCAAGUGGCGCAAGAGAAUACGAAAUUUACGCACCAGACACGCAAGAAACUUACAUAUUCAACAGAUUCGGCCAGCAUGUUAUGACCAAAAACAUUCUGACUGGCGAAAAUAACUAUGUGUUCACGUAUACGGUUAACACCAGCAAUGGGAAACUGAGCACUGUAACUGACGCCGCUGGCAACAAAGUCUUCCUGUUACGAGAUUACUCCAGCCUUGUGAAUUCAAUUGAGAACACCAAAGGUCAGAAGUGUAGACUGAAAAUGUCUCGAAUGAAAAUGCUUCAAGAAUUGCGUACACCUGACAACUUCAAUAUGACUUUCGAUUAUCAUGGCACUACAGGGCUUCUCAAAGCAAAGUAUGACAGCACCGGAAGAAGUUAUAUCUACAAAUACGAUGAGUUUGGAAGAUUGACUUCAGCAGUAACUCCUACUGGAAGAAUAAUAAAUCUUACGUUCGAUUUAAGUUUGAAAGGUGCUACUGUUCUCGUAAGUGAAAACAACAGGAAACCGGUUUCGAUUCUAAUAAAGGGUUCAUCAGUAAAUACAAAGGUUGGAGAAGCCGAAACAAAAACAAUAAUCUCAACUGAUGGAAGCAUAUCGUCUAGCAUGCCAUGGGGUCAUAUCAUAUCCACCGAUACCGUACCAUACACGAUCCUUUCUGAAAUCGAUCCCAUACUAGGUGAAAGCUAUCCUGUACCAGCUAAACAGAGAACUGAAGUCGGUGGUGAUUUGGCAAACCGCUUCGAGUGGCGCUACUUCUUACGACGACUACAAUCUAAUAAAGGAAAGAGCAGCAAAGCGGUUGCACAAAUCGGUCGAAAACUGCGAGUGAACGGAGAAAAUUUACUGACCCUCGAAUAUGACAGAGAUACAUCUACUGUUGCGGUGUUCAUGGAUGAUAAAGUAGAACUAUUGAAUGUCACUUAUGACAGAAUGGCACGACCAGUUAAGUGGGGUCCCAGAAGCGGAAUCUUCGCUGAAGUCGAACUCGACUAUGACAGAUUCAAUAGACUUACUAGUUGGCGUUGGGGCGAGUUGAAUGAGACUUAUGGAUACGAUAGAGCUGGAAGAUUGCACGAAAUUCGUAAUGGAGACGGUUCUUCUUUGGCUUACUCUUUCAGAGAUAUGUUUACAAGCUUACCAUUGAAAGUUACAACUCCAAGAGGAAGUGAUUAUCUUCUCGAUUACGAUGACUCUGGCGCGCUCCAAAACCUCACUACACCAAGAGGCCACAUCCAUACAUUCGCUUUAAUGACUUCCUUAGGCUAUUUUAAGUACCAGUACUUCUCACCAAUGAAUAGGCAUCCAUACGAAAUUCUGUAUAACGACGAUGGCCACAUUUUAGCGAAGAUAUUCCCUCAUCAAUCUGGCAAAAUCCUUUAUGUAUACGAUACUACUGGAAAGCUAGAGACUAUACUCGCUGGAGCUUCAGCCAUUCGAUAUGUUUACCAUGAAAACACUCAUCUCGUGAAAAAUGUAGAAAUAUCGGACCCAGACUACGAACUGCGACAAGACUAUAAAUACCACGCAGGUAUCCUAAAAGACGAGAAGAUGAAGUUCAACUCAAAGAGUGGUCUCAACAAUGCACAUUUCAAAUAUCAAUACGAUGGCAACGCACGACUUUCUACCAUAGAUAUGAACAUCAACAGCAAAGAAAUGCCUCAACUGAGAUUGAAGUACAACCAGAACCUCGGUAUCUUGGAAGGUGUGAGCGAUUUGAGAAUCUACAGAAACACAUUCAAUCGUUCAGUAAUGCAAGACACGAGCAAACAAUACUUCACGAUUACGGAUUACGAUGACCACGGCAGAAUCAAAACUGUUCUCAUGAACAUCAAAUCGUUCGACGUAUUCCGUCUCGAACUGGAAUAUGAUGUAAGAAAUCGAAUUAAAUCGAAGAAGAUGAUGAUCGGCGACACAUCGUCCAACGAACGAGUUAGCUACAAUUACGAUGGGCAUCUCAUGGAAGUGGUUGGAUCCGAAGAUGAUUGGAAAUACGUUUUCGAUGAGAACGGCAACAUCAUCGGUAUUAUAGAGCAUGGAGAGAAGCGCUAUCUUGGCUACGAUAUUGGCGAUAGAGUUGUCCAAUACGGCGACAUUGAAUUCAGCAGCUACGAUGGACGGGGUUUUGUCAUCAGACGCGGAGAGCAAAAAUACCGAUACAAUUCUCGGGGACAAUUCGUUCAUGCAUUUGAAAGGGACAAGUUCCAGAUGUGGUACUAUUAUGAUGAUAGGAACAGACUGGUCGCUUGGAAGGACGAUAAGGACAAUAUAACACAAUUCUUCUACACAAACCCUCAAACACCCAACCUCAUCACGCACAUGCAUUACCCGAAAACAGAAAAGACGAUUCGAUUCUUGUACGACCAAAGAGAUUUCUUGACCUGCAUCGAAACUGAGGAUCAACGUUUCUAUGUAGCUACAGAUCAUAACGGAUCACCUCUGGUCAUAUUUGAUGUGAACGGAGAAAUCAUUAAAGAAAUCAAACGUAGUCCUUUCGGAAAGAUAGUCAAAGAUACGAAUUCAGGUUUCUACUUACCUGUAGACUUCCAAGGCGGCAUAUUUGACUACAACACCAACUUAGUUUACUUGGAGAAUCGUUUGUAUGACCCGGUCGUUGGGCAAUGGAUGACGCCGAGUUGGGAGCAUUUGGCGACCAAAUUAACUAUGCCUACGGACAUUUUCAUAUACAGAUUCAGAAAUAAUGACCCUAUAAACCGAGAGCAAAAUGUUCCUUAUAUGACCAGUUUGUCGAGCUGGCUCCAACUGUACGGUUACGACUUGAAUAAGAUGAUGGGAGCUGAAUACAUAACUGAUAUGAUAUUCCAACCGAAGACAUCAGUAACGGCGCCGCAACUCGCUCCCGACUUUGGCGUUAUGUCUGGUCUUCAGUGCAUCAUUGAAAAGGUGAACGACAAACUAUCAGAUAUCGAAUUUGUCCCGACGCCUCUACUAAAAAUGGAACCAAUCACAAGAAAUCUUCUACCAAGAGUUUCCUACAAACGAGGUGUAUUUGGCGAAGGUGUCCUCAUAUCCAGAGUGGAUGGAAAAGCCUUCAUAAGCGUAGCUGAUGGCGCAAACAGCGUAGUAGAAGACGUUAUAACUACCGUGUUCAACAAUUCAUACUUCUUGGAUGUACACUUUAGUAUACACGACCAAGAUGUAUUCUACUUCGUGAAGGAUAAUUCUCUGAAGAUAAGAGACGAUAUGGAAGAGCUAAGACGGUUGUCUGGAAAGUUCAACGUAUCGCAAGAUGAGACUAACGAUCAAGGAUUAGAGGUUCGAGUUCAUGCAGUCGGCAAAGGUUCUGCCCAAGCGGUGAUAGUCUUGCGGUACGGAGUGGACCCGGCACAAGAACGCAUCAAACUUCUAAAACACGCACAUAAGCGAGCCGCCUCUCGAGCGUGGGAGAGAGAGAAGGCGCUAGUAGCCGCCGGCUGGGAGGGUCGAGGGUCCUGGACUGAGGAGGAGAAGGAGGAACUCAUUUCUCACGGCAUAGUGGACGGAUGGGCGGCCCGGGAUGUCCACUCCGUGUCCAGAUACCCGCAAUUGGCCGACGACCCCGCGAACAUAGUGUUCGUUCGCGACGGCAGACGGAAACGAAGAAAGAGCGGCCGCGCGCGUCAUCGCUCGUGACUUCGCUAAUCGUGCCAUAAAACCGCGCCAUUUUAGGUUUCGCGCCAAAACAAGAUGGCGCUCGCGUUCGGUUACGCGUAGGAGGUUUUAUUUACUAUUUUUAUAGGACUGAAGUUUUCAGAUGGACUUGUGUAUGUGAAUUCUUGUGAUGGAGUAGUGUAGACGCGUUUAGUUUUUAUGGACUGAUGAAAAGAUUCUACUGAGACGGAUCUGCUAGAAUGGGACUUGUGAAGCGGACAAAACGUUACAUUUGAAUCUCUAGGGAGUAGAACACUUUUGGUUCGCUUAAUCUUAGUGAAACAUACCUACUCUUUUUAAAACCCUAUGUUUUAUAAUACACUCUCUUAAUCGAUCUUUAAUGAAUCUCUUGAAAUAACUUACGACAGGGUAACGAGUCAUUAAAAAAAAAAACAUUUAAAAUAACGCUUGGUAAUGAACUGAGCAUAAUAUUUUAAAACUGAAAAUACUCAUUCUCGAUCACAAUUUACCUAAUAAUCAAUUUUUGAUAUUAUUUUACAUUUUUUUUAAUCCUAUAUACGUACGUCGCUUAGAUUAAUGUAAUUUUUCACAAAAAAUCAUGUAUUCCUAACGUAUUUUAGCCAAAUAUUUCUUUCGAUCCCUACAUUUAGGUAUUUGUAAAUAGGUAAUAUUUUAUUCUUGUAGUUGUUCCUUUUGUAUUGUUAGACCUAAGGUCCUUCUAUUACUUCGCAAUACUAUACUAUGUAAGCAAUAAUUUUAUACAUUUUAUCUAGGCAUCUUACAAUUAUUCUAUAAUUGACCCAUUUUUUUUUAUUUUAUAGUUAGUAUCUGUAAUACUCAGAGAAGUUUCCAUAAUCACAAAAGUAGAAAUAUCUAGAACAAAUUUUCACCUAAGCAUUCAAAACAAUAUAAAAUAUUUCUUAAUAAUAAAAUAGCUCUAUAGGACAAUUUUAACACAGAGCAUGCAUAAUAAUUUUAUCAACAAUUAUUUAUAAUUCUUAUUGUUAUUAAAAAUUAAAAUACCUACAUAGUCACAAAUUAGAACUUAAGUUUUCAGGUUUUUAUUUUUGUGUUUUAUUUGUUUUCAUAAUUAUUAUUACAAAUAGCAAGAACAAUAAAUAGCAAUACAUUUAUUUACAAAAAAAAAACUUUAUAUUAAAAAACAGUUUUUUAUUGCCAGGAUAUUUUAGUUUUUGCUUCAUGUAACCCUUAACCAGUAAGUCCUUAAAUAAAUAGGAAAGAUAAAAAUAAAAAAAAUAACGUGAAUACGUAACACUGCGUGUGUUGUGCAAUAAUCGAGCGGUAGUUUCCAGUAACCGACUAGGGUCAAUACUUCUUGCUGACUUAUCUUAGACUGACUGUUUCCUCCCAAUAUUCCUAAUAUUUAUUUUUUAUCUGUGGUCAUUGUGCGCUCUGAAUACCUGAAAAAUUAUAGUAUGUACAAUAUAUUAUAAAAGUGUUUAUAAAAUAAUAUAUCUAAUUAUUUAAGUAUUUGUAAUAUGUAUGCAAUAUACAAAUAAAUAAUAUAAAAAGGUACAGACCUAACUCAAUUGUAUUGUAGUAUUUGCCGGAGAUAAAUCGAAUAAAAAAAAUACAAGUUUUUUUUUUUAAAUUAAUAUAUAUACUUCUGUGACCUCAAAAUUUUUUGAAUUGGUGUUUGUGCAAGUUGCUAAUAUAGUCGUAAGUCAGUAAGAAGAAUAUUAUGUAAAAAAUGUAGAUUUAUUAGGGUAUAUUGUAUGUCCAUGAAUGUGUCUCAUUUAAAUUGUGGUGUCUAUUCCGUGUUAGAAGUAUUAAUUUAAAUGCUAGAUGACUGAGCGAUUGGUGAUAAGGCGUCGAUAUUUUUUACGUGGAGUUUAUAAAAUAUUUAAAAAAAAAUUGGAAUAAAGUUUAAUCUUCUACUCCGGGCCGAGGCGGCCGACGCAUGGUGAUAUUUUUGCAAAAUGUGACUAAACGAAGCAAUACAUUGUAAUUUAAUACGUCUUACCUUUUAUUUAGAGACUGUAAGGUGUAUUUUUAAUUUAAUAAUUAAAUAUUAAUAUAAUAAUACAGUAUAUAUAAUAUAAUUAACUAUCUAUUGUGAAUGUAGUUAUUGAUUUUGCGGUGAUAUAUAAUAGAGCAUAUAGUUAUCUUUUUUAUGAUGUAUAAAGAAUUCUAAUUUGUAAAUAGGUACUUAAAUGAUGUAACGUGUAAAAAAUAUUGUACAUAUCUUUACGCUUGGUUUAUUUAUAAAGGAGUUAAGGUUUCUAGAAUACAGAAAUAAUUGUACUAUACAUGUAUAACAAUUUACAGACGAGUCAAGCUGUCGAGGCUGUAGGGUUACUAGUAAAGAAAAGUACCUCUGAUCGGUUAGUUAAUUCCUUAUUCCUUUUUUUUCAACCGCAUAAAAUAAGCUGAUAAAAUUAAUACAUAACAUACUUUUAUAUUUAGUUGUACUCAACACAAAAUUACAGAUUUUUGAAUAUAUUUAUCAAUUAUCUAUAGUUUAACUUUAAACUUAAACAAUCGAUCAGUAAACUCUCUCACGGCCGAAUAUUGAAGCGAUACUUAAAAUUUAAGAGCUCAUUAAUUAAUAUUAAGUGGUGAUUUUGACGCGUGCUUUAUAGUCAAAAUGCCAUUACUAAAAGUUAGGAUGACCUUAAGUUUUAAGAAGCGUGUCUGUGUUUCGGGGUCAGAUUCUUAAGUAUACCGUCAACAAACAUACCAUAGACUAAAUCUUCUAGACAUUUUAGAGAGCUUCACGGAUGCAUAAAUAAAUGCAUUUACAUGUAGAAAAAAAUCUCCGCUGCAUUUAAUUUGUAUUAUUGUAGAUAAUGGUGAUUAGACCCCAAUACUCUGUGUAUAGUUAGUCCGCAUUAAUACAUAGAGCAUAGACAAACAGCCGAUCAAAAAGUUAUUAGAACCCAACGACCUACAUGUACGCACUAGAUAGGUCAUUGCGAAUACAAGUCCGUGCAUAAGUCGUAUUCUAUGAAGCUGUUAAAAUUAGUUUAUUAAUAACUGACCAUCAAGUUAUAGGUACUUAAGCAAAAGCGUGUUGCGACCUACAAAAUUUUUGUUUCGAAUGACUCGUCUAGUGCGAGAGGUCGUUUUCAGAACACUAUUUCAUUCUCGAGAAAAGUAGACUUGGAAAAAAUGAAUCAUUGAACUAUCUAAUAAAAUAUGUUUGUGUUUGUUUAAAACUGAUCGCAAUAGAAAUUACAAUUUUAUGGGAAACAGGCUAUCCAUACAAAAUAAUUUGAUAGAAUUACGAAAACUUCAGUGUCGAGUUAGUACACAAAAACGGGCACUCUAAAGCUUCCUGUACACGAA